CUUCUACCUCUUCCACUUGUACCUUCUACCGCCGCCACUUUCCAGGAAAUGAAAAAUAUAAAUUCUUUUGCAUAUAUAUUUUUUAUACUAAUUAUACAUAGAGAGAGUUUUAAGAUCUCUUAAAAACGGAAAAAUUCGUAAAUAUACGUUUGAAAUAGUCCCCCUCCUAAAUUAACAGCUGAUUUUUUUGACAUUUCUGACAGAUGGUAAUGCGAUAAACAGAGAGAGAUAAUGCAUUUUGCAUUUGUCGAAAUGAAAUGGAAAUAGAAACACGUCAGUUGUCUGUCAAAUUCAUUUGAGGUUCAUUUCAUACGUGUCUAAUGUGUUUUUCCAAUGUACAAAAAUCUGAAAUACUGCAUACUAAUAUCCUUCUUCCAAUUUUGGUGAUAAAGUUAUGAAGGUGAUACAAUUAAAACCAAAGGAAGUAUAUUCUAUAUUCAAACAGGCAUUACCUAUGCUGUAGUUGCUGUUAAAGCACCUAACAACAUAUGCCAGUGGAUUAAAGAUAGGAAAACUAUUAAUUUAAUAAUGCAAUGCUUCCUAGAAGACGUCGUACUGGUUCAGAUUCAGAAAAUGGACCCACGGUCGUUGUAGGAAAUGACAGAUAUUGGACACAAAGUCAUUCACAAGAAAAAACUUUCACACAGGUGAACAAUGUUUCUUUAGAUUACUAUCUAGAGGAGGAUUUGAUAGAAGAUUACAGUGAUCCAGAACCGAUCAUGACGGCGAGAGACAGAACCAGCGAAUUUGUCAACACAAUCCAAAUGCUUCAAGGCAGAAACAUACAAAGGGCUGUGGCUGCUAGGGAUCCGAAAAAGUCUAAAGCAAUACAGAGCCAUUCAGAGUUUAUGUUAGUAGCAAAAAACAUAGGGAAAAAUAUUGCCAGCACAUAUGCCAAACUGGAAAAAUUAACAUUGUUGGCAAAAAGGAAGUCGUUAUUCGACGACAGAACGGCAGAGAUUCAGGAAUUGACCUAUAUAAUAAAAGGAGAUCUUAGUAGUUUAAACCAACAGAUAGCUCAGCUUCAAGAUAUUUCCAGAAGACAGAAGCAAAAUACAAAUGGCAGGCAUUUACAGUCAUAUUCAAGCAAUGUUGUUCUGGCCUUACAAUCGAAGCUUGCUACCAUGUCUACUGACUUUAAGCAGAUAUUGGAGGUCAGAACCGAGAAUUUGAGGCAUCAGAAAAAUAGAAGGGACCAAUUCUCACAUGGUUUGCCUCCGCCGUCGGUUCCACAAAGUUCACAAGGAAGUUUGCUGUUGCAAGAACAAGACCAAGUGAGCAUUAAUCUGGAGGGUUCAGCUCUGGUUCCAAAGCAGCAAAGUCAAAUGCAAGCUGCCUUGAUGUACGACGAAACAGAUCAGUAUUUGCAAAACCGAGCCGAGACCAUGCAAAAUAUCGAGUCGACGAUAGUCGAACUAGGCGGAAUCUUCCAGCAGCUUGCCCACAUGGUGAAAGAACAAGAAGAAAUGGUGGAAAGGAUAGACACUAACGUGGAACACGCUGAGAUGAAUAUUGAGGCUGCGCACGCGCAGAUUGUUAAAUAUUUCAAUACGAUUUCAUCCAACAGGUGGUUGAUGAUUAAAAUCUUCGGAGUGCUUAUAUUUUUCUUUGUAUUCUUCGUUGUAUUUUUGGCCUAGGAUUUUUAUAUUGUAAGAAAUUUUAUAAAAUGCCUAUUAAAAUAAAAUAUUUUGACAUUUAUCGUUUUA